AGUGCGGUCGAGUGCGCCGCUAACGUGAACAGAAAGGCCCCCAGUCUUGACCGGCCCCCGAAAUGACCCCGCCAUCAGCCGGCCAAACGGCCGAUAACAACGAUCACCUCGUCCAGUCCGACGACCCGGACCACCCGGCGAACCUGAUCCCGUCGCUCUGCGCCAAGUUCUGGACCCUCGGCUGGGUAACGGGCACGGGAGGCGGCGCCUCGAUCCGCGAAGAUGACCUGGUCUACAUCGCGCCGUCGGGCGUGCAGAAGGAGCUGAUGAAGCCGUCCGACAUCUACGUGCUCUCGCUGGCCGCGCAGGCGCAGUCGCUGGACCGGCGCCAGCGCAUCUACCUGCGCAGCCCGCCCAACCACAAGCCGAGCCAGUGCACGCCGCUCUUCCUGGCCGCCUUCACCAAGCGCGGCGCCGGCUGCUGCAUCCACACGCACUCGCACUGGGCCGUGCUGGUGACGCUGAUCCUGGAGACCCAGGGCCCCGGCCGGGACCGCGAGUUCCGCAUCAACAACAUCGAACAGAUCAAGGGCUUCGGGCGCGGCUUCGGGAAGAGCGGGAACCUGGGCUACCACGACACACUGGUGAUCCCGGUGAUCGAGAACACGGCGCACGAGGAGGACCUGACCGAGUUCCUCGAGGAGGCCAUGGACAAGUAUCCGGACACGUACGCGGUGCUCGUGCGGCGGCAUGGGGUCUAUGUCUGGGGCGACAACGUACACAAGGCGAAGACGCAAUGCGAAAGCCUUGACUACCUCUUCCAGCUGGCCGUCGAGAUGAAGCAGCUGAACCUGCCCUGGGUCACCGACAUCGAGCCCGUGACGCCGCGGCGGCCAUAGCAAUGCAUCCAGAGAGAGAGAGAGAAAAGCAGUUGGCGUCCGCCCGUCACACAUCAUCAAUUGAAGCGACCACCAGUUCCUAGCCAGCCUGAAUUACCCUGCCUACCUGACUACAUCCUCCCCCGAAACUCACUCCAAAAAAGCGAAGACAAAAGAAGCCAUUAAAAUAGCUCAUAAAUUAGCCCAUUA